CAUCCUACGAAUAUCCCACAUUGAACCACAAGACAAAGUUUUUUGGGGGAAACAAAACUAAAGGAAAACAGAAAAUUUUUAAUAAUUUUAUUUUUCACCACGUAAAUUACUUUCUAAUCCACCCACAUGAUAGUUUUUAGGAAAAUCUGUUUGCACUACUUAUAGUUUUCUAUCUUUACAAUGGAAAAUCGUGUACCAGAUGUGAUAAUAUGCGUAAUUAUUGUAGCAACAUUAGGAUGUAUCCACCUUAUCUCGAAUUUAAUGAGAAUCUACUUCGGUGCGGAGUACUCGGAUCUCACACUGAGCCAGCUGGUUGACACGCAUACAAAAGAAUACGGAUGGAUACUUAAGUUGGCGCUGAAUUGCUUCGGCUACUCCUGUAUCUUCCUCCCGGGAUUCCUCAUCUACAAGUACACGAAGCGCGUGAGGUACCUGGAGAAGAAUCCCACUGGCACGGAACUCCGCUUAAUUCCAGCUGCUGUGAGAUUCUGCUUUAGCGGAAGUGAAGGGGAAAAGUCCGACAAUGCUCAUGCAUCGAAGGGCACAGCGGGUCAGGGAUUCCUCAAGGAAUGCCUCCUCCUUACGUACUGUUUCCUGGGACUGAUGGCGUGUCACUUAACUUGGGGUGUUCUGCAGGAGAAGAUCAUGACGCAGGAAUAUGAGGAUGCCGAUGGGAAGAAGAGUCACUUCAGAGAUUCCCAAUUCCUCGUCUUCACUAAUCGCUUCCUGGCAUUUGUCAUCUCCGGAGCUUACUUGUUUGUCGCCCAGAAAACCCGUCAUCGUGCUCCACUCUACAAAUACAGCUUCGCCUCCUUGUCCAACAUUAUGAGUGCGUGGUUCCAGUAUGAGGCUCUCAAGUUCAUCAGCUUCCCCACGCAGGUCCUCGCAAAGUCCUGCAAAAUCAUCCCCGUCAUGAUUAUGGGGAAGAUAAUCUCAAAGAAUAAGUAUGAAUUCUAUGAGUACCUAACAGCUGGUCUCAUUUCCGUUGGGAUGAUCUUCUUCAUGACGGGAAGUCACGAUGAGACAAAAGCUUCUCCAGUUACAACCCUCACAGGACUCUUCCUCCUUACACUCUACAUGAUCUUCGACAGUUUCACCUCCAACUGGCAGGGAGAUCUCUUCAAGACCUACGCAAUGACGUCCAUUCAGAUGAUGUGCGGCAUUAACCUCUUCAGUACACUCUUCACCUCAGCUUCACUUAAUCUCCAAGGAGGCUUUAUGGAGUCCCUGGAAUUUGCCUCACAACAUCCCAAAUUCAUCGUUGAUUGCAUCGUGCUGUCCAUCAGCUCAGCCCUCGGGCAGCUCUUCAUCUUCUACACAAUCGCCUCUUUUGGCCCAGUUGUCUUCACCAUCAUCAUGACUGUCCGGCAGGCUAUUGCAAUCCUCCUGUCAUGCCUCAUCUACAAGCACUCCAUCUCAUCCAUUGGCAUCUUUGGGAUCUUUGUCGUCUUCCUCGCCAUCUCCCUGCGUGUUUACUGCAAUCAACGCAUCAAGGCUAUCCGUCGACGAGCUGCUGAGAUGGCCAGUACCUACGCCAAGCCACGCAUUGCUGUCUAAAGUCUAACUUUUGCUAAAAGAAAAUAUUUCGUGGUCUGAAGCAAACCACGAACGUAAAUCGGCCUUGCACUUCUCGAACCCGUGUUACCUGUGUCUUCGUGUCUCUAUGUCCAAAAAUGUAUUUUUUCAGUAAUUUUCUUUUAUUCUUUUUACAUUUAAUCCUUUAUCACGCAUCUUUUUUCCAAAAACAUAAGAAAAAGUGAUAAUUUUUUAUUGAUUUUAAUAGAAAUAAAAUAUUUUUGAGAUGCUUUUUAGGGCAUCUCACAAUCAGACUUAUAUAUAAAAUUUAAACGAAAAAAGUUCCGCAAUUCGUAAAUAUAAUUUAAAAUAAAUAAUUUAUUGUUUUUUUUUACGAUAAAGAACUAAAACUAUUUUUAAAUGUAUUUGAACAUUUUGUGUAAUAAAUGUAAUAAAAUGUGUAAUUUUAAACAACAGAAA